CUAAAAAUAAAUUUAUUGUUUGAUUUUUAAGAAAAGAACAUGGAAAAUAUGGAAAUUACAUUUUUUAAUUAAUAUAGUGGCUGCAUUAUAUAUAUAAAAGAAUAUUCUUUUGUGACUUAGUUAUUUCACUAAUAGACUACGUACUGGGACUAUAAAUUCGCCAUGUCUGAAGCCGGUGUUUGCAAAAUUAAAACUCAAUACAUUUUACCAGAACAAACAAGAACGGCAAAUUUGAAUUUAGUGUCGGAAGAAGAUAAAGAAAAGCUGAAGAAUGAUGAGACUUCACUAAAUAUAGAACCAGAAGCUAAAAAACCACGUUUAUCGAAAAGUGAAAAAAAGAAACUCAAAGGUCAAAAUAAAAGCAGAGGUCCGACAUUCGUAUGUGACAGAAAUAAGGAACUAUGCGAUUAUUUUAUACAUGUUGCUGAUGAAGAAGAAAUUCCUGCAUGCGAGAGAAAUAACUGUCAAAAUAUACACAGUAUUCCAGAAUACUUAAGCAUUAAACCCCCAGAUAUACAAGAAACUUGCUAUUGUUUUGAGACUUUUGGUAAAUGCCCUCGUGGUUUAGCGUGCAGGUUUGGCAAAAUUCACAUAUCAGAAAAUGGUAGAAAUAUUAUUAAUAAAGAGAAAUAUGAAAUAUAUAGCAAGUCAGAACCUUAUACUAAAAAUCAGCUUAGUAAGGAUGUUCAGUGGUCUCUUAGAAAGAAGACAUAUAAUUUUGACUUGAGUGAAAAACUAAUAAACUACAAUGAUUCGCUUAAAGAACAGAAUCAAAACAAACAGUCAAAACCAAAGAAAACUUAUGGAUCAGUUACAGAUGAAGAUAUUAUCACACUAAAAAAUAAGGAAAAGAAAAAGAUAAACUGGAAAGAUAAAUUGUACUUGAGUCCUCUCACAACUGUUGGGAAUUUACCAUUUAGAAGAAUAUGUAAGGAAUUUGGUGCAGAUAUAACUUGCGGUGAAAUGGCUAUGUGUUCUUCCCUUUUACAGGGUGCUCCACAAGAGUGGGCUUUGGUCAAACGUCACCAAUCUGAAGAUAUCUUUGGUGUUCAACUAUGUGCCAAUAAUCCACAUCUACUCACAAAAUGUGGACAGUUAUUACAGCAAGAGUGCGAAAUUGAUUUUGUUGAUUUGAAUUUGGGAUGCCCAAUCGACCUAGUUUUUAAGCAAGGAGGAGGUAGUGGUUUGUUGAAUCGGAAUAAAAUUUUAGAAUCAUGUGUUAAGAAUUUAAGCGAUGUUCUAACAAUACCUAUGACUGUAAAAACAAGAACUGGAGUGUAUAAAGAUAACAGUGUUGCACAUAUUUUGGCCCCUAAGUUUAGAGAUUGGGGAGUUUCACUAAUAACAAUUCAUGGAAGAUCUAGGGAACAAAGGUAUACAAGAUCAGCAAAUUGGGCAUAUAUUCAACAAGUUGCACAUUCAGCCUCGCCACUGCCUGUAUUCGGAAAUGGUGAUGUUUUAAGUUUUGAAGAUUAUAAACAAUUUAGAGAAGAAGCUCGAGAUGUUCAAGGUAUCAUGAUAGGCAGAGGAGCCCUAAUAAAGCCUUGGAUAUUCAAUGAAAUAAAAGAACAGAAAAUAUGGGAUAUUUCCAGUAAAGAAAGAUUUGAUAUUAUUAAAAAAUAUGUCAAUUAUGGAUUAGAUCAUUGGGGUUCAGAUAGUAGAGGUGUUGAAAAUACAAGAAGAUUUCUAUUGGAAUGGUUAUCAUUUUUGUAUCGUUAUAUUCCAGUAGGUUUACUUGAAUGCCCCCCUCAGAAAAUAAAUGAGAGACCACCAUUUUAUGUUGGGAGAGAUGAUUUGGAAACAUUAAUGGCCUCACCAUCUGCAUCUGAUUGGAUUAAGAUCAGCGAGAUGUUGUUAGGUACUGUCCCAAAAGGGUUUCAUUUCUUACCUAAACAUAAAGCUAAUUCAUAUAGUUAAAUUAGUUUUUAUAAUCUAUUAUUCUGUUUGAUACUAUAAAUAAAUAACAAUUAUUACUAAAAA